GAUGCUAUAGGCAUGCGCAUGAGGUCUUUACUACUACUACUACUACAACAACAACAUUGGACUGGUCCUUUCCCUCGUCGCUUUGGCAUUCCCCGUCCUUCCGCCCCAUCCCAGUCAUGUGGAGGCGAACGUACUUGCUGCUGCUCGUAAUCCGGGUGUAUUUCGCACUGUCACCCAGUUACCUUCACCCGGACGAGAAUUUCCAAGGCCCAGAGGUCUUUGCAGGCCGUGUUUUCUCUUACCCAUCCCGGUUACCCUGGGAGUUCACCGCCGAACAGCCAAUCCGCAGCGUUUUCCCACUAUGGCUAACGUACGACGUACCCAUGAACCUGCUGAAAGGGUUCUAUGCGGAAAGCGGAACGCCAAAUCCCUCUCCGCAGCUCGUUUACUAUGUGCUGCGCGGAGUCAUGUUCCUAUUGAGCUUUGUGCUGGAGGACUGGGCUGUAUAUGAGCUGGUUCCCCUGCCGCGCCAUCGCCGCGCGACAGUGGUCCUGGUUGCAUCCUCCUAUGUCACCUGGACAUAUCAGACGCACACCUUCUCCAACUCCCUCGAGACUCUGUUGGUCGCCUGGGGCUUGGUUUUAAUUCGCCGCAUUGUUGAGAACAAGCGACGCUCUUCCCUCUUCUCUUGCGCCGUGCUAUCAUUGCUCGCGGUCGUGGGCGUCUUCAAUCGCAUCACGUUCCCUGCCUUUCUCCUGGUUCCAGGAUUGCAGCUUCUCCCUCAUUUUGGACGCAAGCCGUUGUCCUUGCUCUCGUUUGCUGGUUUUGGACUGUUUUUCUUCGGGGUUGCCGUCCUUGUCGACACGGCAUUCUAUAAUCCUUCCGCAUCGUUCUGGGAGGCCCUCCACGCCCCUAUCGUAACCCCCCUCAACAACCUGCUCUACAACACCAAUGAGUCCAAUUUAGCUCUCCAUGGGCUCCAUCCUCGCUAUCACCACUUCCUAGUCAAUCUACCACAACUUCUGGGACCUGCGUAUAUAGCGAUGAUCUUCUCGCUAUGGAAAUCCUCCUCUAUUACAUUUUGGCUCAAGAACACGCGCGCCGUUUCCGCGAUCUCCGCCACGGUCAUGCUUUCCGUGUUUCCUCACCAGGAACCCCGGUUCCUGAUUCCGUGCGUUCCUCUACUCCUCAGUUGUCUCCGAGUGCGCAAAUCACGCCUGUUCUUGGCUGCGUGGGUGGUUUUCAAUGCCGCCCUGGGAUUCCUGAUGGGUGUCUACCAUCAAGGGGGUGUUGUGCCCACUCAGAUCGCGAUUCCUUCAAUCAUCUCCACGAGCGCCCUAGAAUCGGGCAACGUGCCCUCUGGUGAUCACCCCAGAGGUUCCGCAACGGUGCUCUGGUGGAAAACAUAUUCUCCGCCUCUUUGGCUGCUGGGUGACAAUACCACCUCGCCGCUGGAUAUUGAAACCCGGGACUUGAUGGGAAUCUCCGGGCCGGAAAUGGCCAACGAGCUUGAUAAACUAUUGCCAGCAUGUCCAGACGAGGAGGACAUUUCCAAUGCACCGGAGCCCAACAUAUUCGUCGUCGCGCCCAAAUCCGCCACUUUUCUCGACCAGUAUACAACCGCAUCGAGCUCAGAAUCCCAUCCAUCGGACCUGAAGUUGCACGAACUUUGGACCUGGCCCAAACACAUCAAUCUGGAUGACCUGGACUUUGGCACCGACGGCAUCCUUCCCACCCUGAGGCGAGUAGUCGGUAGGCGCGGGUUAUCUGUCUGGGCAGCACAAAGAACCGGCUGUGCUUGACAGCCACAUCCCUGACCCCUUCCCAUCCUCAGCUGACAACGAAGUUCAGCUGGCGGCGGGCCGAUAAAUUGGUUCGCGCAGCCUUGUCUUCCUUCCGUUCCCUCUAACUUCCUUUUGCGCGACGGUCCUCCUCUCCUUCUUUACCUUCACGUAUCCCUCCUCUUCGCAUAUAACCGGCCCCUACCAUUUAUACCAUGUUAUAUCCCUUCACAUAUAUCCCGUCCAAAUGGGAUUCAAUCUCCAAUAUCCACUUCUAGUCAAUUACUUACGAUCAUUCGCUUCCUGACAUUUUUGCCUCUGGUUUCGACCACCGUCGAUGGCGCCACUUUGAAUAUUGU